CUGUCUGCAUGUUCACAUGACUGUGAGCGCACACACACACGCAUGCACACACGUUGUUGGCUUGUGACUGACCGUGUAUUGUCUACAAUACAAGUUCCUGGCUUUAUCUUCUGGCACACAUCUUCCUCAACUCAGUUUCCUUUACUGGAGGUGUUUCCGUGUUUGGGAACAUUUCCACGCCGAGCCGCACACCGUGACCCCACCACGACCUUGACCUUGUCCCACACGUCAUUGUAGAUUUCAAAAUGUCUGACAGUAGCAACGAAGUGGGAGGAGGCUUUUUCUCAAAACUUGCAGCAGAACUGUUUGGUAGUCCACUGAAUCUAGCAUUAUUGGGCAUUUGUGGAUUUCUUAUCUAUAAAAUCAUCUCCAGUCGGCGAACGUCAGAACCGUCAGCUGCGAAAGAACCGGAAUUACCACCGUUGAAAAAGCAGGACUUCACGCUGGAACAGCUCCGCGAGUACGACGGCAAAGGAAAAGAAGGUCGCAUCUUGAUCGCUGUCAAUGGAAAAGUGUUUGAUGUCACAAAAGGGAAGCGCUUCUAUGGACCAGGAGGACCAUAUGGUUUAUUUUCUGGCCGUGAUGCUUCUCGGGCCCUUGCAACAUUCUCACUCAGUGAGGACUCACUAAGAGAUGAAUAUGAUGACCUUAGUGAUCUGAACUCUAUGCAAAUGGAAAGUGUGCGGGAAUGGGAGAUGCAGUUUACAGAGAAGUAUGUGUACAUAGGCAAACUGUUGAAACCUGGGGAGCAACCAGCAGAUUACACAGACACGGAGGAUGAAGGGUCAGAUGAGAGGCGGCAGGCUGACAAAAAGUCCAAUUAAUAGCCUUUUCUCAUUCCAGGUCAUGCUUCAUCCCUCUUCUUAGCCUUAAAGGGUCCCAUUAUAGGCCCCUUAACCCCCUUUGACACAUGGAGUUGCAAAUGUGCCAUAACUAUCACAAAGGCUGUUGACAUUUAUCCAAGGACAAAAAGUAUGAUUGAAAAUGUUCUGAAGUUUUCAAGUUAAACUUGUUUUCUUGUGGGGGUGGGGGGUAGUGCGUACGUGGGAUGAGUGAGCAUGCAUGGAAAGAUGGAAGAAUGUGCGUGCAUUGCUACCAACAUCGUCUUGUUUUUUUAUUUCUGUCCAUUUUUUAUUUUUUUAAGCUGAGCACAUCUUAUAGUGCUCAUCAUUCACUGUAAAUAAUUCUGAUUUUUUGCUAAUUAACAGAUACAAUGCUGGUGGCAUGUCACUAAGCAGACUUUUUUCACAUCAACUUUCGUACAGCAGCCUGCUUUUAAAUGCCUUCAUUUAUUUAUGCAUUUUUAAUGCAUUGUGAAUCAUGGUGUCCAGAGCAACUAUCUACAUUAGCUGCACAGCCAAACAUGUUGAAAAGAAGUAGAAAAUCUUCAGAAAUAUAAAAGCUGUGUUAAAAGUAAACUUGUUUCACCAAA